UUAUGGUCACACACCAACAAAUAAGGACAGCUUUAAGAAAGCUUGCUAUUUUUUAAGAAAUAUAAUUUCUUGUAAAAUAAUAAUUACUUCAAUUAAUGAGUGUAUUAAUAUAAAUAAUUCGUUGGUGAUGUUUGUCAGAAACUAAUCAGUGUUUUAAAGUAGCGUAACAUUAAUGCUUCGAUUUUGCAACACAGAACAGCAGGAACAGGAAACCGGAAAAGAGAAGGCAUCGUCUAUUGAUUUGCAAUAAUUGCAAAUUUUGUUUAAGGCCACAACAUGGAUUUCACAGACUUUGAGGUGCGCAAGUGCCCAGCCACCGUGAUGUACAUUCCAAAUUUUAUUACCUCGGAUCAGGAACAGUCGAUACUGAGUCACAUUGAGCGCACUCCGAAGCCACGCUGGACACAGCUGUUGAAUCGCCGCCUGGUCAACUAUGGUGGGGUACCGCAUCCCAACGGAAUGAUAGCCGAAGAGAUACCUGACUGGCUGCAGAACUAUGUUGACAAGGUAAACAAUCUGGGCAUCUUUGAGUCGCAGAAUGCGAAUCAUGUGCUGGUGAACGAAUAUCUGCCCGGUCAGGGCAUCUUGCCGCACACCGAUGGUCCGCUAUUCUAUCCCAUUAUAUCGACAAUUUCAUGUGGCGCCCACACAGUGCUGGAGUUCACUAAACGUCAAAUGGAAACCGGCGACAGCGACGCUUCCCGAGAAGUGCUUUUCAAACUGUUGCUGGAGCCACGCAGUUUGCUGAUACUGAAGGAUACGCUGUACAGUGACUAUAUGCAUGCCAUCAGUGAGAUUAACGAGGAUACGCUCUGUGAUCGCAUCUGCAACUAUGAUCUGUGCGAGAAUACCUACAAGAUUGGGGAUCAUCUGGUGCGACGAACGCCACGCAUCUCGUUGACCAUACGCAAUGUGCCCAAGACCAGCAAGAUGAAGCUGAAAUUCUGUUAGACUGUUCACCCAAGAGUUGUUAUUAAUUUUUAUGUUAACCAACUGCACAAGCGUUGCGAUUGUACGAAGCCCACUGAAACUACAAGUUAUAUACUCUAUAGAUAUAUGUUAACCAUAUGUGAAAUCUUCCGCUAGUAACUUAAGCAUUUAAGCACACACAACGCACACUUUACUAUGCACUGAGCAACGUUUCAUAAUGCAAAAGAUUGUUGGCUUAUUGCAAAGCAAAAGUAUUGUAUCAACAUUGCCCACCAAGUGCUUUAUUUUUGGUAACUGAAAUAGCAAUUGAAACUGAAACUGAAAAAAAACAGAUGUCGAAGCAAUUAUGUGCACAUUACUAGAUUGUUUGUGCUUCAGCAAUUGCAUAAUUAAUUUAGUUAUUUGAAAGCAAUAUAUAUAUAUUUAUAUAUUUAGAGAUGUAUACACUUAAUAUACAAUUUGUUGAGCGCGAUUCACACACACACACACAGUUUGUGUAUUGAUUUUUGUGAUCGAGCUGAAGCUACACACAAAAAAUUCCAAAGGACCACACACUCCAAUCAUGUAUGUAAGUUCUAUGCGUAUUUAUGUAAAUCCUUGAUGUGUAUUUUUGUAAUCAUUUUCCACAGCGCACCACAGAAACCAAAAAAGACAAAUAGCAAUUAACCAAAGAAAAAACUGUUGAUGUCAAAUAAAUUGUUUGUCCAUGU